AUGCCGUCAUUAUCAACUGCAGACAAGCGCAAGUGUCAGCAGAGAUCACCGGAGGCUGUGGGCGAGCUGGAGCUCAUGGACGGCUGCACCGAUUGGUCCGUGGACUACCUGAAGUACCGGGUGCUGCAGGGCGAGCCGGUGCGGCUGAAGUGCGCCCUGUUCUACGGUUACAUCCGGGCCAACUACAGCCAGGCGCAGAGCGUGGGCCUCAGCCUCAUGUGGUACCGCAGCUCGGGCCUGGGCCACAGCGACUUCGAGGAGCCCAUCUCUUUCGACGGCGUGCGCAUGAGCAAGGAGGAGGACGCCAUCUGGUUCAGACCGGCCGACCUCCAGGACGUGGGCCUCUACUCCUGCGUGUUACGGAACUCCACGUACUGCAUGAAGGUGUCCAUGUCUCUGACUGUGGCGGAGAACGACACAAACCUGUGCUACAACUCCAACAUGAGACGAGCCGAGAAGGCUGAGCUCAGCAAGACCAAAGACAUCCUCUGUCCCGACAUCGAGGACUACGUGGAGCCUGGCAAAGAGCCGGACAUCACCUGGUUCAAGGAGUGCCGUCCGAAGCAGUGGCGCGCCAGCAUCAUCCAGAAGAGAGACAUCCUGUCCAUCCAGGAGGUGAAGGAAGACGACAUUGGGAAUUACACCUGUGAAGUCCAGUUUGGGGGCUUCGUGGUGAGGAGGACGACUGAGCUCACCGUCACCGCUCCUUUGACCGACAAGCCGCCGAAGAUCCUGUUUCCUUCGGAAAACAAGAUGAGCAGCAUGGAGCUGCAGCUAGGAAGCGCUUUGAACCUGACCUGCCGGGCGUUUUUCGGCUACAGCGGCGACGUCAGCCCGCUCAUCUACUGGAUGAAGGGAGAGAAGUUCAUCGAGGACUUGGACGAGGAGCGGAUCCAGGAGAGCGACAUCAAGAUUGUGAGGGAGCAUCUCGGCGAGCAGGAAGUGGCCAUUUCCUUGACGAUUGACUCUUUGGAGGAGGAGGACCUGGGAAAUUAUUCCUGUUACGUGGAAAACGGUAACGGCCGUCGCCAAGCGACCAUCCAGCUCUUCAGACAGGCAGAGCUCAUGUACACCGUGGAGCUGGCGGGAGGGCUGGGAGCGAUCCUGCUGCUGCUCAUCUUCCUCAUCUCCCUCUACAAAUGCCACAAGAUCGAGCUGAUGCUCUUCUACAGGAGGCACUUUGGCAGCGAAGAUGUUGACGGAGAAAACAAAGACUACGACGCCUACCUGUCCUACACCAAAGUGGACCCUGACCAGUGGAGUCAGGAGACCAGGGAGGAGGAGCGCUUCGCCCUGGAGAUCCUCCCCGACGUCCUGGAGAAACAUUACGGCUACAAACUCUUCAUCCCAGAUCGGGACCUCAUCCCAACAGGAAGUCUCACCAAUGAGCAUUACCAGGACGAAACACGACUCUUUGGAGCCUACAUAGAGGACGUGGCGCGCUGCGUGGACCAGAGCAAGCGCCUCAUCAUCGUCAUGACGCCCAACUACGUGGUGCGGCGAGGCUGGAGCAUCUUUGAGCUGGAGACGCGGCUGCGCAACAUGCUGGCGACCGGCGAGAUCAAGGUCAUCCUGAUCGAGUGCGCCGAGCUGCGCGGCAUCAUGAACUACCAGGAGGUGGAGGCUCUCAAGCACACCAUUAAAACCCUCACCGUCAUCAAGUGGCGCGGCGCCAAGAGCAACAAGCUCAACUCCAAGUUCUGGAAGCAGCUGCAGUACGAGAUGCCGUUCCGGCGCACGGAGCCCAUGCUCACCCACGAGCCGGCGCUGGACGUCAGCGAGCAGGGCCCCUUCGGAGAGCUGCAGACCGUCUCGGCCAUCUCCAUGGCCGCGGCCACCUCCACCGCCAUGGCGACCGCCCACCCCGAGCUGCGCUCCACUUUCCACAACACCUACCACACCACCAUGAGGCAGAAACACUACUACCGCAGCUACGAGUAUGACUUACCCCCGGGGGGGACCCUGCCACCUCUCUCCUCUCUGGGGAACCAGCACACCUACUGCAACAUCCCACUGACACUGCUGAACGGACAGAGGCCCCCCGGGAAGAGCCGAGAGCACAGCCUGGAGGAGGCGCACGCCAACAACGCCAUGCUCCCUCUGCUGCCGAGGGAAACCAGCAUCUCCAGCGUCAUCUGGUAA